CACUCUAUCACUGUACUGCUCAAACAAUCACAGAGGUACAGUUACUCUCGAUCAGCUAACAGAGUUGAUGAAACUCUGCUCUCUGUUCAUACAACAGCGAUGAAAAACCUCCAUUUCAAAGAUUACUUCUGGAACACUGACCUAACCUGCACUGGUGGCUAUGAUGCUAUCAUCCAGUACCUCAAUGAUGGCAGGAGGACAUGCAAGGAGGUGGAGGAGUUCAUGAAAGCCAGGGCAUCAAUUGAAGAGAGGUAUGCCAAAGAUCUCCUUGGUUUGUCCAAGAAGGUGUGCGGACACAAUGAGAUGAACACAUUAAAAAGAUCCCUGGACGUGUUCAAAUUACAGACUGAACAUGUGAGUCUGUCACACUUACAACUGGCGCAGAGCAUGAGGGAGGAGGCCAAGAAACUGGAGGACUUCAGAGAAAAACAAAAAGAAGCAAGGAAAAAGAUAGAACAACAGAUGGAUGUUCUCCACAAACAGAAGUGUUCACAGUUCAAGAAGACAAUGGAUUCAAAGAAGACAUAUGAGCAGAAGUGCCGAGAUAAAGAAGAAGCAGAUCAGAACGUGAACCGAAACACCAACACCAACAACACCAAGCACAUUGAGAAGCUCUUCUCAAAAGCACAGCAAGCAAAACAGAAUGCAGAAGAAGCAGACAGGUUAUACCAUCAGAAUGUGACCACAGUGGGAAAGGUCAGAGAUGAAUGGAUGAAGGAACAUGUCAAAGCCUGUGAGAUGUUUGAGAAACAGGCAAUGGAGCGUAUUAACGUUCUGAGAAACACAGUCUGGACUCACCUCAACCAGCUGUCCCAGCAGUGUGUGACCAGUGAUGAGCUGUAUGAGGAGGUGAGGAAGUCACUGGAGCAGUGUGAUGUCCAGGAAGAUAUUGAACACUUUGUAAACCUCAGACGGACUGGUGACAAACCACCAGCUCCAGUUUUGUACGAGAACUUCUACAGUGGUCAGAGGUCUCUAACUGGAGCUCCACCCUGCUCUGCACCCGCUCGACUGCCUCCACCCAUCACCAGGAGGGGGCCGUUACCUGAUCCAACACCCACCAGCGAUACAAUCUACUCAACGGUGCAGGACGCAGGGUACAGUGUUAUCCAAUACUAGCACAUGGAUCUGAUGAAGGGGGAGUUAUUCUACAUCCUGUGCAGUGCUGGCUGGAGCUUUGUAAUGGACACAAAGGUCACACAGGCCUCAUCUCUUCCUCCUUUGUGACUUCCUGUAACGAUAAGUUCGCUCCAGAUGGAAAUGAGUGUCAUGUCAGGGGUGUGCAUACAUAUUUUUGGGUGAGGUUGUGUGGUAUGUUGAAUAUAUCACAGUGUUAUAAAUGGAAUAGUGAAGCCAUUAUUUUAUUCUUAGGUUCUUGUGUGUAUUUGUGUGUAAGCAAAAGUAAAAUCAAGACUUUUGCUCAGUACUUUGAUUAAAAAAAAUGUAAAAUUAAAUCAUAAAUAUAAAAAGUGCCAUCCAGCUACUUUCUGUAUAAACUUAAGUCAUUUCCACUGUCUAGAUAACAGUUAUAGAGCCUAUUUAUUAUGUAUAUAUUGUUCAAGGCUCUAUCUUCCACAUAAUUGCAUCUUAAUUUAUCUUCAGUUUUGUAUUUAUUUUUGUGGAUCUUUACUUUUCUCAAUGUUUAAACAGAGAUUCACAACAUAAGAUCAUUUACUGUCUGCUAACAUUUUCAACAUUUUCAUUUCCUCUUUGAUGUGAGAGUAGCAAGUCAGCUGACAGAAAUCUUAUGAUUGGAAGGCUUCACACACACACACACACACACACACACACUUAUCCAGCGUACAAAAUAUGGAUUCUUCUUAUGUCUUGCCAUGAAAGUCCUGUUCUUUGACACUCAACCUUCAUUCUAAGACUUUGAGAGUCUUGUUAAGUUCAUGUGCUGAUCAACAGGCUUAUUUUCUAUUGUAAAAGAGUUAAGUUAGAUUCAGUU